CAACCACUGAGACACCAACAACAGAGCAGCCACAGUACACAACUUCAAAGGUGUCGACCAUGGCUCCUGUAAAGACCACACCUCAGCUGACAACUACAACACAGGCGAUCUGCUAUGCUAAGCUUGGCCUCCAGGACAGCUCCAUCCCUGAUGAACAGAUCAGCUACUCGUCAGCCGGCAGCCCUGGUCUGGGGAGACUGGCAGGGAAACCAUGGGCACCACAGCCAGACAGUCUGCCUAAGGAGGAGUACAUACAGGUGGACUUCAUGGAGACAACCAAGAUCACCAGUAUUGCCACUCAGGGCAGUGGAGGUUCUGAGAUGUGGGUGACCAAGUUUGCUGUACAGUACAGUGAAGAUGGUGAAAACUGGCUGGAUUACACAGAACAGGAGCCACUAGAGGAGGGAGAGGAGGCAUCACCAGAACCAAAGAUCUUCCAUGCCAACACCAAUGAUAACAGUAUGGUUGAGAACAGACUCAGCAGCACCAUUGUUGCCCGGUACGUCCGUGUGCUGCCUGUAGACUGGGAACAGGCCCCAGCUCUCAGGCUGGAGUUCAUCGGGUGCCCUUACGCCUAUGAUUAA